AUGGGGAUUGGAUCUCUAGUAAAGAAGGUUAGCUUUGCUCCUAGAAGACAAAUUUCCGAUAAUAUUUUCAUUGCUCAAGAGGUUUUGCAUAGAUUCCAUAGAGCAAGAGAAAUUGGUAUUGGGGAAACUUCUCUUCAACUUAUUAUGAGCUAUGUCAAGAAUGUCUCUUACAAAAUAAUUAUGAAUGGGAAGCUUACUGAGAAUUUCAAACCUCAAAGAGGUGGUGUUAAGAAGGAUUGGAAAGUCGUUAAGGUAGUGAGGUCUGGUCCUUUAAUUUCGCAUCUGUUCGUUGCGAAUGACUUGAUUCUUUUUGGAGAGGCUUCUGUUCAGCAAGCUAUGGUUAUGAAAAAUUCUCUUGAGGAGUUUUGUGAGCUCUCUGGGCAACAAACAGCUAAGCUUCCUCAAGUUCUUUGUGAAGAUCUUGACAAAUCUUCUAAAAGUUUUCUUUGGGGAAGUAGUGAGAUCCAUCAUAAAACUCAUUUAGUUAAAUGGGAUACAGUUUGUUUACCUAAACGAUUAGGAGGUUUGGCUAUUAAAAAGGCUUGUCUUAUGAAUCAAGCUAUGUUAUCUAAAGCUAGUUGGAGAAUUGUGGCUGGGGACUCCGGUCUUUGGGCUGCAAUGCUUAGCAAAAAAUACUUAAGGGGUAGUUGCUGCUUCAAUGCUUAUGAUGAUAAUUGUACUUUGCCUUCUAGCUCUUGGAAAGGGUUAAUUGUUGGUAAUUUUUAA